AUCAUGCACAUUGCACAAUGGCAGAGAGAAGGAAGUCAAAUGUCACGAAUGAAGGAGAUGAAUUAGGGAUUGACGGUGCAAAACAAAAAGGUGGGGCUGAAGGAAAGGAGAAAAAAGGUUAACUGGUGCUCUUUUGCGAGUAAGAAGAAGCCGAAAGGCAAGUAAAAAGAAACGAGAAAGCGGAAUCAUUUGAACGGGUCCAUAUUCUGACAUUCCUCUACUUUCUUCUAUACAGUCAAAAAGACCACUAGUAUUGGAUCCAGCUCCAUUGGAGAAGACACCAUCCAUUAUUGAACCCAUUGAUCCACUACAACCAAUAGCAUCAGCAGGAGUUGCGCCAUCAAAAAAGACUGUGGCAAAAUCUGAUGACAAAGAUAUUAAUGUGCCUUCCUCUGUGCCAGAACCUGUGGCACCACAUCAAUACGAUGAUCAUCAAUCAAGAAUUAAAAUGGAGAAUGAAAUGCUGUGGGAAGAUGUGGAAAAAUUAAGGAGGGCUCUGAAAGAGGAAGCAGAGAUGAAGAAUGAUGCUUAUAAGAAGUUAAAAGAACAAGAAGAAGAGAUUGAGGCUCGUGUAAAUGAGAGAGUCCAAGAAGAAGUUAAGAAAAAUCUUUGUGAUGCUGUAAAAGCUCAGUUAACUAGCCAGCAAAUUGAUAAACAAAGGAAAGUUUUUGAAGAUCAUCUGAAAGAGAAGGAAGAAAAAGCAAAGACCCAGUAUGAAGAAUUACUAACUUCUAAAGACAUACAUAUAAAGGAACUAAUGGAACAAUUGGAACAAAAAGAAAAAUUUGAGCGCAAUUUACACGAUGAAAUAAAUAGCCUACAAUUAAAGCUUAAAAAUAGCGAAGCUAAUAAUAAAUAUGAAGUUGCCAGAGGGAAAGAGCUUGAGGAAAUGAUUGGUAAACUGGAAAAAGACAAACGAGAAGUAGAGCGAAACUUUGAAAUGCGAUUAGCUGACACAAUGAAGGCAGCUGAUGAGUUAGAACAUAAACUAAGGAAAAAAGUUGUAGAAAUUGAAGAUUUGAAUGACGUGUUGGCAGAGAAAGAGAAAGAAAUGACCACAAUAGCUCAUUUGGCAUCAGAAGAGAAAAAACAAACUGUAAGCCAACUGAAGGAACAAAUGGAUGAGCUUGUAAAGAAAUCUAAUACGCAAGAGGAAAAAAUCAAAGAAUUAGUUGAGAAAAUACAAAUAAAGGAAGCAGAGAAUGAAAUUUACAAACAAGACUUUGAAUCUGAAAGGAAUGACAAGCUAAAAGCUACCAAACAAUUAAGACUACAACGUCAAAAUUCAAAAGCUAAGCUGCAUGACUAUGAAGAAGAGAUACAAGUACUAAGAGCACAAAUUAAUGCUUGCAGCCGGGAAGUGGACAAACAAAAAGGAAUAGUAACUCAGAGUCAAGAGAAACACAAAACUGAGGUCAAUGAGUUAAGUGAGAAGCUUGCUAAUGAAUUGAAGUCCAAGCAACAAAUGGAUAAUGAGUUGGCUAUAAUGAGACAACAGUUAGAUAAUGUAUCGAGAACCAAUCACCAACUGGAUAAUGAGCUGGCUAUAAUGAGACAACAGUUAGAUAAUGUAUCUGCUGAUAAAGAAGAAUUAUACAACAAGGUUACUGGUUUAGAGGAUAAAAUAGAAAGCAUGAAGCAAGCCAACGUGGUUCUAAAGGAUAAAUUGUUGAAAUCACAGUUCGAGUCAAACAGCUUACAGGAAGAAGUUGCCUCUCUUCAAAAAAUGCUGUCAGGGUUCCAAAACAGCUGGAAAUUAAGUCCAAAGGAAGUUUCUUUGUCAAAAGAGCUAGGUAGAGGAGGAUAUGGUGUAGUAUGGGUUGGCCAAUUAAGAGUUGCUGUCAAGAAGUUACACGAAUGGAUAGCCAGCCAACAUAAUAUGGAAACAUUUCAUCAUGAGAUUAACAUAAUGUCACAGUUACGUCAUCCUAACCUCCUCCAGUUUAUUGGAGCUGUAUUAGAUGAUCCAUCAGGUUGCCCCAUGAUUGUCACUGAAGUAAUGGAUACCUCAUUACGUGAAGCUUAUGAGAACAAGGAACUGACUCCUGACCCAGACUGUAGACCAGUGAUUCUCUCUAUAAUGCAUGAUGCAGCUCAAGGUUUAAAAUACCUACACUGUCUACCUGAUCCUAUUAUUCAUCGUGAUGUCAGCAGUGCUAAUGUACUCCUUCAAUCUAUUGCUGGGACCAGAAAAUGGAAGGGAAAGAUAUCUGAUUUUGGAUCAGCUAAACUUGCAGAAAAUGCAGUCACCGAAGGACCAGGAGCAUUUGCUUAUAGUGCACCUGAAGCCUUUCAAAAUAUGGCAAAUCCAGAUCCCACUAAGAAGCAAACUACAAAGAUGGAUGUAUUUAGUUAUGGUAUUCUUUUUUGCGAAAUAAUGACUUGCCGUUUUCCAGACAGGGUUAAUUUUCAAGACAUGCUUCGUCAAGUGCACAGCAUUAGUAAUAGACCAAGUGCUUGCAAGCUAUAG